CCCAGGAUUCCGGAGUCGACCACCACUUCGUCGCACGACCUGCGACCUGUACACUACCUCUUUGUCGUGAUAUCCUCGAGAUAUCUGUACUUUCUUGAUUCUAUCACUCAACGCUGCGCAUGAAUCGCCCUUCAGACGAGGAAAAUGACCCACUGCUCUUGGAGAAUGGAGAUGGACCGCAGAAGGACUCGAGCAAGAGGUACCAGCCGGGACCUCUAGAGAUCUCGAAAACGACGAGAUAUGGUAUUUUGGCUGGAAUAUGGGCUGCAACCUUUUUAUCUUCUUUCAACACUACUCUGGUAGCGACAUUGCUUCCAGGAAUAUCUUCAGAGUUCAAGAAGUCGCACCAAGCGAGUUGGCUUGGUACUGCGUAUCUACUGGCUAUCUGCACGUUCACUCCUCUGUAUGGACGGUUGUGCAAUGUAAUGGGCAGACGUGGUGCCAAUCAGACUGCAGUCUUCUUCGCCGGUCUUGGAACACUCUGCUGUGGCCUGUCCAGUAAUAUGGAAAUGCUAAUCGCUGCUCGCUUUCUUGGGGGACUCGGCGGCGGCGGCAUCGUGACAACUGCGACGAUCAUUACGAACGACAUGUAUAGUCUGAGGGAGAGAGGCUUGACACAAGGCGUAGCCGCUGUCUUCAAUAGCCUCGGGCAAGGUCUUGGCGGACCCGUUGGGGGCUACAUCAGCGAUAGGCUUGGCUGGCGUUGGGCUUUUCUUCUCCAAGUUCCCAUGUUUCUGAUCUCGUUUAUCUUCACAUCUAUUAACCUUAACUACGUUACCCCGGGAAGGAGCAAGAACACAAAGGAAGUGCUGAAACGCAUCGACUACGGCGGCAGCUUCACACUAUUUAUGUCUGUCUUGGCCUUUCUCGUGUUCCUUAGCACCCGCUACAGCGAAGAAUAUCCCUGGUCUUCACCUGUCGUAUUUAUACCUCUUGCUAUCGCCAUUCUCUCCGCCGUCGCCUUCGUCUAUGUCGAGUUAUACGUCGCACCUGAACCGGUACUGGCACCUUUUCUACUCCAGCAGAAGAUCCCGGUACUGGUCGGCAUUAGCAACUUCCUGGUGUCAAUGUGCAAUUUCACGGUCAUGUACAACUUUCCGACUUGGUUCCAGACUGUCAUGUUGACGAGUGCGAGCGAGGCCGGAGCGCAUCUCAUUCCAAACGGCAUUUCAAUCUCCUGUGGAUCACUGUUCGCUGGAUGGAUCAUGCAUCGUACCGGAAAGUACAAGCGUCUUAACCUUAUCUUUGGCCUAUUUCCCUUCGUCGCUGCCAUCUUACUGUCUCUUAUGCGCGAGGAUUCGCCCCCAGCUGUCUUGUGGUUGAGCAUUCUGCCUCUCGGUUUUGGUAAUGCCGUGGUAUUACAGACAAUGCUCAUCGCGUUACUUGCCCAUCUGCCACAAUCUCAAAUGGCCGUCGGUACCGGAUUCGGACAGCUCUUCCGAGGAAUCGGCCAGGUUGGUGGCGUCGCCAUCUCCGCAGCGGUGUUCCAGUCCGUGCUUGACGACGAACUGCACAAACGCGUACCCAAAGACGAUAAUAGAGAGGAGAUGAUCAACAAGAUUAGACACUCGGCUACCCUCGUUGGCAGUCUCCGUCCUGAUCUCCAACGCGCUGCGCGCGACUCGUAUGCCAUCGCUCUGCGCGCCGUCUUCAUCAUGGCGGCUUGCUCGACGUUCCUUGCUUACCUCGCUCGUUUACCGAUUCCCGACAAGUCCCUCGACAUCGAGCCCGAGGGCCGCGGCACGACCCGCACGGAGAUAUCCCCACGCCGGCCGGAGAACCCGCUCGAGGAGACCGCGGAGCCAGAAGAGGGCGCCGAGCCGUACCACAACGGAGAGGACGAAGAAGACUCGCUGCCCUCGCCGCGCCCGCCCGCGCCACGUCGCCGCCGCCUGUCGACGUACGAGUCCUACCAGGGCGGCAUGGACCUCGAGAGCCCCGAGAUCGGAGGCACGGCGCGCCCGGCGCAGCGGCCCCGCAGGAGUCUGUCGACGAGCGUCUAGAAGUUGUGCUCAGGCAAGUUCUCGGACGUACAUUCUAACAGUGUGUAUCUGCUGUGUCAGAUGUGAAUGGCAUUGAUAUUCUCUUGUUUUCGUGGCAAACGCGGUCAGAGGGCUGGCGCCGGACCCAAGCACGGUUGCAGGGCGCCUAAUGCCGCUUCUUUGUUCUUAUCUAUAUGGUCAAUGGCCACACAAAUUGUCGACAAAACCUUUGUCUCAGCAA